UCCUUUAGCAGGGGCAAGUUGCGAGAAGCGGUGUCAGGCGGAAGAUCGGUGGGCUACUGAAUCGACACAGCACAGCACUGUAUCAUGUACCUGUGAAAUCUUUAGAAAGCGGUACUUCGCUGGAUUAACUAAAAUCAGGAUCAAUUGACAAUUGACUCCGGAUGAGAUUAAGUAUACUUCACCUGAUUUAAACGCGCCAUUUGCACUAUGAGGUACAAUCCGCUUUAUUAGACAAGCACGUUCCAACUGACCCCCGGAAGAUCUGUUCCGAACGUGUUCAUCGUCACCGGUGUCGCUCCUUUAUAUCUGCUUAGUGACUCAAAGAGGGUAAAAGGAUAUCGGCUCUACGGUGAUAAGUACUGAUGGAACGCAGAUGCUCGGCAAAGCAGUUUCCCAAUCUACGUUGGGUCUCACCGAUAUACAGAAGGCCACACCAGGAGCACCAGACACAGCAGGCUCAGAUAGGUGGAACUUCAAGUGCUCCAGAUGAGGAAAAGACAUCUGGCCAGGAUCUCCCUGGUGAUCAGAAUGGAACAGCCAAAAAUCAGGGAAGUGUCAGGGGAAUUUUGGGGAAGAUGGCAAGAAACCAGCGUCAAGUGAAUUCUGUUAGCAAAUGUCUCACAAUUGACAGCCUACUUCUGAAACCCCUUCGAAGGGAAAGGCAGUUCAAAUUCUGCGGACAUACUGUAAACAUCAUUCAACAAUUCGGCUGCGAUUUGGCGUUCUCUGCUUCUAUCUGGGAAGCCGCUCUGGUUCUUUGCCAGUACUUUGAGCGGGAAAAGAUCGACUUUUCUGGGAAGAAGGUGAUUGAACUCGGGUCUGGAACUGGAAUCGUGGGGAUUCUCGCUGCCCUGCUUGGUGGGGAAGUUACAAUGACAGACAAAGAGGACGUCUUGAGCCAAAUAGAAUGUAAUAUCUCCAUCAAUAUCCCCUCAGACUGCAGACAUCGAGCAAAAGUCUGUGCUCUAAACUGGGGCAAGGAUCACGUCAACUUUCCAACUAACUAUGACUUUAUCUUGGGCUCAGAUAUAGUAUAUACCUCCCUGACUUACCCUUUGCUAUUAAAGACUCUGCUACACUUCUCCAAAGGGACAGCUAUCAUCUACCUCUCAACAAAGUUACGGAAAGGAAAUUACUCCAUCUAUUUCCAUGAGGAGCUUUUGCCUCAGUACUACAACUGCCAACUUGUUCACAGAGUUGAGGACAAAGAAAUCAGCGUGUACAAGUUAAGCGCAUUGAAUUCAACUGUCAAUGAUGAUGUAUCUGCGUAGGCUCAAGGAACCAGUCAGAAGAUUUUUGAGCCGUUAUAACCUUAAUAAACAUUCAGUUAAUCUGUA